GACGGCUGGCAGGACUGACAGGCAGCAGGGCAGCCCGCCGGCCUGGGGCGGAGUCGGAGACAGAGGAGGACGCGGCGCGGGCCAGCGCGAGGAGGACGCGGCGGCGGCGCGGGGAACCGACGCCCGGGCGCCCCGAGGCGACGGGAUGUGGAGCGGCCCACCCCAGCCGGACCAGGGCCUCCCGCCACCCUGCUCCACUGUCCCGGCCCCCUGGAAGAACAUAGCCCCCUGCAAAGGGCACAGGGAGUCCCCAGGAGCCCUGGUGGAGGCCUGUGCAGGAGAGGAGGUCCAAGUUAAGGAGGGCCCUGCCACCGCCCCGCUGGACGUGUCACGCCUGCGCAGCUCUUCCAUGGAGAUCCGCGAGAAGGGCUCCGAGUUCCUGAAGGAGGAGCUGCACAAAGCACAGAAGGAGCUGAAGCUGAAGGACGAGGAAUGUGAGCGUCUGUCCAAGGUGCGGGAGCAGCUGGAGCAGGAGCUGGAGGAGCUGACCGCCAGCCUGUUUGAGGAAGCCCACAAGAUGGUUCGAGAAGCCAACAUGAAGCAGGCAGCAUCAGAGAAGCAGCUGAAGGAGGCUCGGGGCAAGAUCGACAUGCUGCAGGCGGAGGUGACUGCCUUGAAGACACUGGUCAUCACGUCCACACCAGCCUCUCCCAACCGUGAACUCCACCCACAGCUGCUGAGCCCCACCAAGGCUGGGCCCCGAAAGGGCCACUCACGCCAUAAGAGCACAAGCAGCACGCUCUGCCCUGCUCUGUGCCCUGCUGCAGGGCACACCCUCACCCCAGACAGGGAGGGCAAAGAGGUGGACACAACCCUGUUUGCAGAGUUCCAGGCCUGGAGGGAAUCACCCACCCUGGACAAGACCUGUCCCUUCCUAGAAAGGGUAUACCGGGAGGAUGUGGGACCUUGCCUGGAUUUCACAAUGCAAGAGCUCUCCACGUUGGUACGGGCUGCUGUAGAGGAUAAUACACUCACCAUCGAGCCCGUGGCUUCACAGACACUGCCCACCAUGAAGGUGGCGGAGGUUGACUGUGGCAGUGCCAACACAUGUGCCCUGAGUGGGCUGGCCCGUGUUUGCCGCCAUCGUAUCCGGCUUGGGGACUCUGAGACCCACUACUACAUCUCACCAUCGUCUCGGGCCAGGAUCACAGCAGUGUGCAAUUUCUUCACCUACAUCCGCUACAUCCAACAAGGCCUCGUGCGGCAGGACGCAGAGCCAAUGUUCUGGGAAGUCACCAGGCUGAGGAAGGAAAUGUCACUGGCCAAACUUGGUUUCUUCCCCCAGGAGGCUUAGGGUGUGGCCUGGAGGGGGGCUCUAAGUGGGAGCAAACACCUGCCCAGGACAAGCUGACAGGGAGACAGGCUGCUGAAGCCAGCCCUGAGCCAGGAGCCAGAUGGAUGGACAAAUGGACAGCCCAUAGAGGCAGUGCUGAGCCAGUACCACACUCUAUCCUGGGACAGCCAGGCCUGGACUUGAUAGAAGAUGCUUCUCUCUUCCCCAUUGAGUUCUGCAACCAGCAAGAGGAUUUCAAGAAAGCACCAAAGACCAAGGAGUUUGGAGCCAUAUUUGGGAGACUUGGCCCUUAGAAGAGGACGCUUGAGGGGUUCAGCACCCCUUUCCUUGGUUCAGAGAGCUGCUGCUUUCAGGUGCCUUACUGCUGGCGUAUCUUCAGAGAUUGUCGUGAGGUGGCCAGAUCUCCAGAGCAUCCUCCACCCCAGCUCCUAAGCCUGGGCUACAAGCUUCUCUUGUGGCCAUCCCACACCUUGUUCCUGGUGGCCUCCAAGGGCCCGUGGCAGCAGGGCUAGGAGGACUGGUCGGGCCUCCACAUGCUUGCCCAUUCCACUUGUGCAUGGCUGGGUACUGUCCCAGAGCAUUCUGAGAUGAAUCACCUCCCCUCCCUCUCUGAUCUAGCCCUGUGCUUCUCAAGGCGCUACUCUCAAAACCUCUGGAGGUAUUGGUUAGACACAGACACGGCCUCAGGAUGCCUGUUCCUGUUUUCCACUGUGGGUGGCUGUGGAGACAACGAGCCCUUGCAUGAGCAGGGGGGCAGAGUGGGGUGGGCAGGACCUGGGCCCUUCCUUGCCCAUCACAGCCCACUUGGGACUAGGGUUAGGGGCUCCAACCUGGACAUAUCCCUCACCAUGUCUGGAUUUCCUUCUUUGAAUGGAAUGUAACACGAUCUUUAUUUAAUAAAGGAAGUCUUUGUUGGUA